AUGCGGACUUCUGCUUUUCUGACGAUUGCCAACUUUGGGACAGCUUUUGCUGCUGUGCAAAUGUACGGCCAGUGUGGUGGUAGUGCUUACUCUGGAGAUAAGGAAUGCCCUUCUGGAUCAACCUGUGUCGAGGCCAGCAAGUGGUACAGCCAAUGCAUCCCCAAUGCUUCCUCGAAGAAGGCUCCUUCAGUUAAGAAGACUGACUUCGAGCUCCCUGACUUUGGAUUUCCGGGAUUUCAAGCACCUCCUCAAGUUCCUGCUGAGGGCGACAACAAUCAAGGCGGUGAUAACGGCCUCACUCAACCACCUCCUGCUCCCGAAGACCCUGUCGAUCCUCCCACUGUCCCUGCUCCUGAGGAGUCCGCAGAUGUUCCCCUUGUUGCUCCUACUAAUGAGCCCACCGAUAGCGGCUCUGGCUCUGGCUCGGGAAGUAUCACACGAACCAUCCCUUCUUCCAGUGGCGCCACCACAGUUGCUACUGCUAUUCCUGUCUCUGGCGAGCUCGAUGGCGGAAUGACCUACUACGAUCGAUCCCCUGCCGUCUGCAAAGACCAGGAAGAGACUGGUGAGGCUGAUGCCAUGUUCAUCCUCGAAGACGGAGCUACUCUUCGUAACGUCAUCAUUGGACCAGGCCAGGCCGAGGGUGUUCACUGCAAAGGCUCAUGUACUCUUGAGAAUGUCUGGUUUGAGGAUGUGUGCGAGGACGCCAUCACACUGAAACAAAAAUCAGGCACCUCUGUCAUCCGCGGAGGCGGUGCUUUCCACGCUGCCGACAAGGUUGUCCAGUUCAAUGGCCGCGGCACUGUUGAGAUCUCUGACUUCUACGUCGAGGACUAUGGCAAGCUUGUCCGAUCUUGCGGCAACUGCAAGGACAACGGAGGCCCUCGAAACGUUGUCAUCGAAAACAUCGCUGCCGUCAAUGGUGGUGUUCUUUGCGGUAUCAACACUAACUAUGGCGAUACUUGCACCAUCUCUAACGCUUGCCAAGACAAGGGCAAGAAUUGUGAUCUAUUUGAGGGCAAUUCUGAUGGUAGCGAGCCUACCAAGCUGUCCAGUGGCCCUGAUGGUACUUUCUGCAAGGUCGAUAGCUUCUCUGAGACUUGCUAA